CUUCGCAUUUCUUUUGUUCAGCAAAUUCAUCAGCUAUGUGUCCUAAUUUAAUUUUCCUAUGUUCUUUCAUAUUCAGUAGAUAAUAGCUCUAAGCCACAAGGACUUCCUUGCUUCAAUAUCUUCCUCAUCUGUAUCAUAUGAAACUGCACAUACAACUCUCAACUCAUAAAAGUGGCGGUGUUGCUAUAGCUAAGCAGAUGUUGCUCUUAAAAGGCUGGUCACAGUUGCAAAUGAAGGUCACACCUCUCUGACAUCCCAUGCUCCAUCACACAAUUUAUUUCACUUAGCCUCUGGAUCCCAUCCAUACCCUGCCAAGUCCCCUUUGAUAUCUUAGGUGGGUAUCUAAGAUGGUCCAUCUGCCUACUGAAAGCAACUCCAGUGUGCCUUACUUGCAAUGACCAGUGCAUCAUAAUGUUUUAUCACACCCCUCUGAGCAGCAAGCAGCUCCUCUUGGGUUAUUUACAACCCUGCCUUGGUUUUCCAGGAUAAAGGGGGGAAAGUUCUGACACCCAGAAUCUUCAGGCAGCAUCAGAAUGAUUGACAAUGUAUCCACAGAUGAGUCAAGCUGGAGUUAGAACAUCUCUGAAAAGAUAUUGCUUUAAAAGAUGCAACCAGGUGGUAUUUGUGAAGGGGUACAAAUUUAAAUCCUGUGCAAAGGGUGGCUUGAUUAACUAUCAGGUUGGUGACCCCAUCACAGAUAUGCAACUGGAGUGCUUUCUAGUUAUUUCAGAGAACCAGCUAGGACAGCUGUGUAGCCAGCCUUCUUGGAUAUAUACUGCACCCUGGGUUGAAGUGAGGUAAAGUUAAGUGCAGUCACACAGUGAUAACGUAACAAACAGGGGCAGAGUUUAUUUUCACAGUGGUUGCCUUAGUGCCAAAGGUUUUAUAAUGUUGACCACAAGUGAAUGCAGCCCUAAGGAUGAGAGAUGCUUCCUACCCACCCUGCCUAGAAGAAACAGUGACUUUGUGUCCUUCUCAGGAUUUGAGGGUGUAGCAAGGCCAUCUGGUCCCUGGGAUUCAUUUAGGAUUGCUGGGAAUUCUAACUCUGUGGAGAGGGGGUUAAACUAAAGAGGGGGGAUUGUGCUUUGAAUGUGCUUUAAAAAGUAUAAUGUAUAUCCAGGUAUGUUUGAGAUGAGGAAAGAGAAAAAAGGUUUAUUUGUACCUCCUUCAUUUGGGAAAACCAGGACUUAAUUUAGACCAAGGCUUGGCCCCAGAGCCUGACUUCAGCUUGCAAUAAACUUAGCCUUGGAGCAUGUGGUGGUUAAUGAAGAACAUAGUGCAUGCACACGAAAGCUCAUACCAAAAUAAAAACUUAGUUGGUCUUUAAGGUGAAUUUUUUUAUAGUGCCUCUGAGCGUGUGACAACUGCUUUCUUUCCCCCACCACUGACAGCUCCCCCUUGCACAUCUGGGAUGAUUAGGAGGAAAGGCUGUCAGGUAAGGGAUUGUACUUUUCAAGCAUUCUUAAAUGCCUGACAACUCCCCUCUCAGAAGUGAAGCAGGGCUGCAAAUCUUGAUGUAUAUUGACUGUUGACUGCAGGGAGUUGGACUAGAUGGCCCUCGAGGUCCCUUCCAAAUCUACAGUUCUGUGAUUCUAUGGUUCUAUGAUGUAUGUGGUUUGCAUUCAGUUUAGAUGUGGAAAUGCUAAAUUCUCCCAAAAUCUGGAAGUGGGCAAACAGCCAGCGAGAGAUAGCACAUCUCCCUGGGGCUUUGCAAGCAGGGAGUGGGCACGAGGAGGCGCGCAGCUGUCAAUUUGGACCCUCCUCGUCAUCGCCACGCACUUUGUCGUCCUGUCAGGAAUCCCGUUACCAUGGGUUACCCUAUCAGACAGGGGACAGGAUGCCUCCCUUCCCAAGUGCUCUAUAAAAAGAAAAGGGGGGAGAGGGAAGGAGCCCCAUAGAUGCUGCUGCUGCUGCUGCUUCUUCCUAUCAGCAGAGACAGAAGAGCAAACUUCAGCGAGGACCAGCGUGGGAACAGCAGCAUGGCUCUCCGGCUCCAGGGUCCCCUCCUCCUGGUCUUCCUGGCAGCCCUCCGGGUGGGAGAGAGCCGGUACUUCGAGGUGAGGGACGCGGGCGCCGAGGAGCCCUUUCUGCUGCUCAACGCGGAGCUGAAGAGGGAGCUCUCGGAGGGGCAGUUCUACCGCCGGGCGCUGCGAUGCAUUGACAUGCUGAGCAUAGAAGGACAAUUCAGCUUCACGGCUCAGCAGCCCCAGCUGCACUGUGCUACUUUCUUCAUAGCAGACCCAACCGAGCUCCUCACAAUAGACUUUGAUUUUGUCAACGUCGACUGUCAAGCAGGAGAUUUCCUGAAGGUGUUUGAUGGCUGGAUAUUGAAAGGUGAGAAGUUUCCCAGUUCCUUGGACCAUCCUCUCCCCGCCUCCGAAAGAUACAUAGAUUUUUGUGAAGGCAACAGAAUCAAGAGCACCAUCAGGUCAUCACAGAAUGUGGCAAUGAUCUUCUUUGGGAUUCGUGACCCGGGAAAUGGAUUCACAGUAACAAUAAAGAAAAAGCCCAACCUUUUCCCUUGCAAUGUCAUCUCUCAGACCCCUGCUGGAAGGUUUACCAUGGUCAUUCCUCAUCAGCGCAGGAACUGCAGCUUUUCCAUAAUCUACCCAGUGGUGAUAAAAAUAUCUGAUCUUAUGCUGGGGCACUUGAAUGGCCUCCACUUAAAGAAACCCACCGUAGGCUGUGGAGGAGUAGGAGAUUUUUUGGAGCUCUUGGGAGGAAAUGGGUUAGAUCCCUCUAAGAUGUUCCCUUUAGCUGAUCUGUGCCACUCCUUCCAUGGCCCAGCCCAAAUGAAGAUAGGCUGUGACAACACUGUGCUGCGAAUGGUCUCCAGCGGCAAACAUAUCAAUCGUGUAACAUUUGAGUAUCAUCAGCUGGAGGAACAUGAACUGAAAAACAGAAAGGAGAACAGCCUUGAAGAGUUUUGUCUUUCAAAUAUUUGAGAAACAAGACAAGUCACUCGUGAUUGAAAUGUAAUGUUAAUUUUAAGCAGCUAACUUUAUGUAACCUUUCUAGGGUUCAGACAUUUAUCUUUUCUUACUAAAUCAUUUUUCCCCAUUAUCAGAACAGUAUUGAUCCUAGCUUUUCUCCCUUACGUGUAUUUAGUAUUAUCUAAUACACAUGGGUCCAUAUGAGCAAAAGACAAGCACACACACCAAUUCAGGGUGCAUGUUUCCAAUGGAAGUAUUAUUUCAAAUACUUUUGUAAUUGUUUUGAGUGCACAUGUAACGCUGAGAGCACUCCAGAGUUCACUUAGCAAUUUCCCCUCUUUUGCAUCAGUCACAAGUAUAAAAAGAUGCAGAAAGAAAAAUGACACUUCAAUUUUGUAAGUGAACGUUCUGUAUUAGUGCGUGCCAAUUCAAUUGUUUGUUAAU